CGCUCCUAUGCAAUAUCUCACAAACCACAUAGGAGAAGUAACCCGCAUUAGGCAAGCCCGGUGCAACGAGCUCAACCCAGAAGCAAACCCCUUGCUUUCGCUGGCAAGGGGUUUCGAACUUGAGACCUCCAACAUGGAAGUCCCAAGCCCAAACAAUAAUCAAUUUCUGGUAAGGAGACACAAUUGGAGAAGGAAUUGAUUAUGCCGAAGGAUGGUAUUAGCUAUAGAUUGCAAGAAAUUAUUGUACGUAGGUUUCUAAACUAUUGACAAACUUGCCUAGCAGAGUAGCUGCUGCUUUGCAUGUGUCUGUGUCAGAUUCUUGGUGCUUUGCUAGUGAUGACUGUAACUUGUACGUGUCACACUCACCAAUAAUUCUCAUGAUUAAAAGCCUAAGCUAUAUAUUACGAAGAAUUGUAGUAGCUUAGUUAGUUGACUAUCUAAACUCCGCAAUUAAACAUUAAAGUUGACGAAAAGGAGAAUUCAGAAGCUGAGAGAUAUGACAUAAAGCAGACAAAAGAUUUUAAAUUGGGACAUACUGUAUUAUGUAAGUAAGAAAGAAGAAACAGAAAUGGUUGAGCUCACAAGAACAUCAACAAUUUACCUUUGUCCUGCGUGUCUGAGAGAGGUAAAAAAGUAGUACUAGUCUAAAGUAAGUGGACAGCAUCAAACAGUUAGAAUUUUUUUUUGUAGAAAAAGAAGACUUUUGAGUAAGACAACCACCAAGAUGGAGAGAGAGGAAAAGAAAAAGCAACAAGAGGAAGAAGAAUUGUUGGUAGUUAAGUUGAAACAAGGUGUUUUCGUAGGGAAAAGAGGGGGUACUGGUACUACUCCAUCACCUACAUGGAAAAUUGGUUUGGCACAAUCUGAUGGUUCUCUGCUUCAAGAUUUUCCCUUUUCUUCCAAUUCUGCUUCACUAUCUGUCAGAAAAGUUGGUGCCAAUCUCUGGGAAUUUCAACCACAAGUGAGAAAGGUUGUCAAGAUGAGCAAGAUUGGCCCUCUACCUCAAAAUCACAAAGACAAAUCUAAGCUUCACAGCCAAACAGCUUCCCCACCUGAUAGCCCACCACAGCAGCCAACAAGCACUAGUAGUUUAGGGAGGGAUAUUGCUGCAUCACUUAGAUAACAUCAUCAUCAUUUAAUUGCGAAGAAUGGGGGCGCUCAAUUGCUUGAAUCACCACUAUCCCCCUCUGGAUAACGCUACCAGGGCUUCCAGUGGGCUAUUGGUCUAGUGAGGAAUUAAGCAAGGGGAAAAGUGCCAUAGGGAAACCACUCUACACUGACAGCUUCACAGCAUCAAUGACACAAAUUUCAUAUGCUAGAGUACUAGUUGAAGCUGAUGUCUCACAACCACUUCUGGAUUCUAUUGACAUAGUGACACCAACAGGCUCAAUUCAGCAGCAAAUUGAGUAUGAUUGGAGACCAAAAUUUUGCAGAGUGUAUGAAAUUUGGGCACAAAGCUGAAGCAUGCUGGAAUGCUGAAAUGGCUGUACAUGAAGAACCUAAGUUCCAAGAAGUUAAGAACAAGAGAAGGAGAAGGAACAGGAAAGCAAAGGGUGUAAUUCAGCAGGAUAUGCCAAUUACUAGCAGAGUAGUAGUGGAUAAACGGAGGAUGGAUGCGCCAGCUAAUAUCACAAACUCAACUCAGUCAAUUGAAGGUUUGCAAACAGAGGCACAAGUAAAGGUUGUAAAUAGUUAUGCAGCUCUCCCGGAAGAGGAAGUCACUCAGAAUGGAGACCCUAGAGGGACUCUUAUCCCUUGAUGAUUAUCUCUACCUGGAACAUACAAGGGCUAAACCAGACCUUGAAACAGAAAGAGUUGAAGCUCUUUCUGCAAAAGAAUAAGAUAAAUGUUAUGGGUGUCAUUGAAACUAGAACACAAAUGCAUACAUCUGGGAAUAUACUAAGAAAGGUAGUGCCUGAUUGGAACCAUCGCUCAAUUACCCUUUGGCCUAUAAUGGUAGGGUAAGGCUACUAUGGAGGGCUCAUAUACAGGUACAAGUAUUGGUAUCCCAUGAACAAUAUAUUCAUUGUAAAGUCUCAGAUGCAAAUGGAAACUUCUCAGCUUAUCUCACAGUUGUUUAUGCCAAGAAUGAAAGCCAGAAUAGAGAGGAGAUGUGGAGGGACCUAGUUCAAAUUGGGAGAGGAAUCCAGGAGGCUUGGUUGCUAUGUGGGGACUUUAACAAUGUUCUAACUACUGAAGACAGAAUUGGCUCCCCUGCUUUACCAGGAGAGACACGAGUUUUUCAAGGAUGCAUUGACACAUUGCAACUGACAGCUCUAAGACAAUCAGGGAGACACUUCACAUUUUGCAAUAGGCAGCAAGAUGGGAGUAGAGUAUACUCCAACAUAGAUUGGGCUUUUGGAAACUUUCAACGGACAGUGACUAUGGGCAUGUGGAGGCUGAGUUUUGGAAUCCACGAGUAUCUGAUCAUUCACCAGUUGUUAUUCAAGUGAGCACAAGACCCACUUCUGGACCAAAACCCUUCAUAUUAUUCAAAACAGUCCUUGAGCAUCCUGAGUUUGAAGGGAUUUUGACAACUGUGUGGAACAAAAGAUACAUUGGUACUAGAAUGAGUCAACUAUGGAGCAAACUUAAAGCAUUAAAAAUAGGACUGAAGGACCUGAAUACUUAUUUGGCUUCUUACCGCCAGAAGCUACAAACAGCUAGACAGAGUUUGGAAAUAGUACAAAGUCAGGUUGUAACUCAACCUCUCAACAGUGUGUUAAUAGAGCAAGAAUCAGUCCUUUUGAAUGAUAUCAGGAAAUGGAGCUUAGUGGAGGAGCAGGUUCUCAAACAGAAAUCUAGAGUUAAUUGGAUUGCCAUUGGAGAUGCAAAUACCAAGUUCUUCCAUGCUCAAAUGAAGAUUAGAAGUAGUAAGAACACCAUUACUUCUGUUUAUAUCUAAUGGGAUUAAACUGCAGGACCCUAAGCUUGUGAAGGAAGAGUUUAUUUCAAACUUCACUAAAUUGAUGGGAACAGCUGUGGUGGAUUUGCCAUGCCCGAAAGUGUAUGUUAUAAGUAAUGGCCCCUGUUUAUCAUACCAACAGAGAUGCUUGCUUAUAAUUACAAUCACUGAUGAGGAUAUUGUGACAGCAAUGGAAGGGAUGGCCCUAGAUAAGACCCCAGAUAUUGAUGGAUUCCCAGUGGAAUUCUUUACUAAGCAUUGGACCACUGUUAAAGAAGAUGUAUUAUGUGCUGUCAGAAAAUUCUUUACUACUGGGAAGCUGCUGAAAGAGGUUAGCCUUACUGCCAUUACCCUUGUGCCUAAGAAGGCUACCCCUACACAAGUAGCAGACUACAGACCUAUUGCUUGCUACAAGAUCAUCACAAAGAUCUUGACCAACAGAAUCAAGCCUAUUAUAGGUUCUAUUGUUAGUCCUCUCAGUAUGCAUUUAUAGAGAGGAGAAGUAUCAUUGAUGAUAUUCUAUUCUGUCAUGAGGUACUGAAAUGAUAUUCUAUGAAGGGACUAUCCCCUAGAUGUGCGAAUGAACGUGGACUUACGAAAAACUUAUGAUUCCAUUGAAUGGGAGUUCAUAAGGAGAUUGCUUGCUAAAUUGGGCUUUCCCUUUAAGUUCACAUCUUGGAUGAUGGAGUGUAUAUCCACAGUCCCUUAUUCUCUAGUGAUAAAUGGGGGUCUAUCUAAACAAUUCAGAGGGGAAAGUGGAAUUGGACAAGGGGAUCCUAUGUCCCCUUACCUAUUUGUAUUGGCUAUAGAAUAUCUUCAAAGGGAACUGAGCAUGCUGAGACUCAAUAAAGACUUCAAAUAUCACCCAAGGUGCAAGAAAUUUAAUGUGAUAAUACAUUUGAUCAUCCACAACAAUAAUCUACUCCAUAAGGCCCUAGUCACAGGACACCCAAAGUAAAGAUGGUCAUAUAUGAAUCACAUUAAAUUUCUUUAAGGAAGCAUUUUCCAUGGUGGGUCUUUCGGUUAAAUUUUUUAUGAUGAAUACACGUAAAUGUGACUGCAUAGAGGGAAACAAAAUUAAAAUAAAUUGGGCAAUUGUGAUGAUCAACUCUUAACUUAUUUUCAUUGUUUCCCCAAAAACUCCUAGAUGAGAUAAAAAAUAAAAUUGCAAUAGAGAUUAGAUAUCAAUCGGAACAGAAGAUGAAAAAAGCUCCUGCUGAAAGUGUCUCCUUGCAAAAAAUCUUCAUGAAUUGUGUACUAACGAGAGUACUACAAAAUCAUUAGAUUGCCCACACUUUCCCAAAAUACCAUCCUCAAAGAAUAAUGAGUUCCAAACUUUAAGUGAAUAAAGAGACGAAAGACACUACUUGAAAUGUAUUUUUGCUAGUAACUUUAGCAUGAAAAAGUUUACAUGAAGUGCUUAUCUGCAAAUGUUGAUACCAUAGUAGUUACGAGUUCAGAUACUUUUGUAACAGUAUUAUAGCUUGCAACUACUCCGUGUGCUUCUAGUUUGGAAUUUUACAGUAUUAGAUGGUAAAUAAACUUGUGAUGCUAAAACUGAAACUAUUAAUAGGAUAUUUAAUUAAAGAAAACUUCAAUAUCCUUGGUGGACGUAAGCAAAUGGGUAAAGUAGAAAAUAGAAAACCAUCCAACAUUUUCCAGACUCCGAAAUCCGGAUUUAAGAACCAAUAGCACAAAUCGUAUCUUGACUAAAUCUGGUGAAUUUUAGAGAUUGAGACAGACUUUAUAAUGCUUUGUAAUUCUUUAAUCAUCUCAGACUGUAUGACACCAAUUCUACCUUCAUUUCUCAAUCUAUUUAUACCAGAAAACUGGGGUAAGAUCUUCGAAAAUUAACCACAAAUAUAAACAGUGAUCAGUACGACGUCAUCUACAUUGUUAUCAAGUUCAAACCAUAUUUUGUUCCGAAUACGCUCUCAGCUCAACGUAUUGUGAUAGACAUACCAGAGGCCAAUCUUUAUUAUAAUAAGACAGGUUAAGCUCCCAACAGAAAUAUACUCUGGAGCAGUUUAGCCUUCAUGUCCUUAUCUCAAAACUAGUUACUCCUUCUCCUGCUUCAUAUAGCUGUUACUAAGCAUUUUUCUUUGACUAACAUCUAACCUCAACCUAAAUUCUUACAUGGCAGAUAGCAGAAGUGGUUGAAGAGAUGUAUUCAAGUUAACCAAAAGAGUAUAAUGCAAUCAAGCAUGUUCAUAAAUUACCGCCAAACAUGCUCUUGAUUUAGUGCAAACUACACACAAGAAUACAUUAGCCCCUAAUGUCCUUAAGUCCACCGGUCUACCCACUUGGCGGCAAUGCUAGAUUACUUUACUAUUUGUUUCAUUACAACAGAAAAUGUUUGAAGAAAUCCUCUUUUGGUUUUUGGUUACCUUACAAAAUUAUAAUUCUCCCAAAUACUUCCACCAAUAUGGGAAACUGACUGAUACGGAACUUAGUAUCUAUGCCCCUUUCUUUUCCUAGUUUAAUUUCCCAUUUGUUUUUAUUUCAUUUUCAGCACACUUCAUGAAGAAAGUUUGUUUACUCUGCAGACACUGUAAAGCAGAUGUUGCAGCAGAAAACAUCUGCAACAUGGAGGCCACUUAACAUUGCUGUUGAGAAGGAUAGUUCAUUAUGGAAUUGUAUUUUAAGGAAAACAUUUUCCUCCAUUUCUAACCACUUCAAAAGUAAGUUUAACCUUUAAAUCAGACAUCUAUAAGGUUAUAUCUUUGCUAGACCAUUGAAAUUGAGACUUGAACAGAAGG